GCCCAGCCCGGGUCCCCGCGCCGGUCUCUGCCUCCCUCUGAUCCUGUACCGGCUGCAGCCGGUCUCCGCCGGCCUCGGGGGCGCGCCGCCGCCGCCGCCGACCAUGUGCUGCGAGCGAGCGCCGCGGAGGAGGGGGCCGCCCGGAGCGCGCGCGCCGGCCCACGUGCACCCGGCCCGCCCCAGGCGCGCGCCCGCCCCAGCCCGGCCGGGGGUCACGGAAGGAAACCUCACCGAAACAUGAAGCCCUCAGCCACCUGGAACUCAGAAACCCGCUGGGGACCAACAACGGCGGCUUUUGGAACAUCCAGGUGUCCGGCAGCUGUGAGACUGUGCCCUGCGCUCAGCAGCUGGAAUCCCGACCAGAUGCUUCGGCUCUGACAUCCUGGGCCACGGCAGGAUCACUUUCUAAUCGGCCCCAGGGCCGUGGUGGACACUGACGUCCAACAGGCACACAGCCAGUCCUCUUGGGGGAAAGCCACAUUUGGGGGCGCAACUUUCCCGACUCUCUUGAGUUGGGAUUCUAGACGAGGGCCUCAUUUCUGCAGCUCCCACCCUCCACGUAGGCACCACCACCACCACCACCACCACCAGAACGCUGGGCCUAAGCAGCCCCAUCUUUCCAGUGAGGGGGUGGCACUAUCUUCUUGCCACACACCAACCUCCGGAGACGUCCUGCAUUGAGAGUGAGCGGAAGGGGACUCUCGGAGACGCCUCUCGUGGUGGCCGGCCAUCGUUCCGUAGAGCCGGCACCCUCCCCUCCCCACCAUGGCCUGGCUCUUUCUAAAGGUUUCAUUGGUGGGGGUGAGUUUCCUGGGUUGCCUUUAUCCUCUUGUGGAUUUUUGCUUCCGUGGGGAAGCAAGAGCCCAGAGACCCAAUUUUGUGAUCAUUUUGGCAGAUGACAUGGGGUGGGGAGACCUGGGAGCGAACUGGGCAGAAGCAAAGGACACUGCCAACCUUGAUCAGAUGGCCGCCGAGGGAAUGAGGUUUGUGGAUUUCCACGCGGCUGCCUCCACCUGCUCGCCCUCCCGGGCCGCCCUGCUCACCGGCCGGCUGGGCCUGCGCAACGGAGUCACACACAACUUUGCCGUCACCUCUGUAGGGGGCCUUCCGCUCAACGAGACCACCGUGGCCGAGGUGCUGCAACAAGCCGGCUACGUCACCGGGAUGAUAGGCAAAUGGCACCUCGGGCAUCACAGCUCUUAUCACCCCAACUUCCGAGGGUUCGAUUACUACUUUGGGAUCCCGUACAGCCACGAUAUGGGCUGCACGGACAGCCCGGGCCUUGACCUCCCUCCGUGUCCGGCGUGCCCCCGGGGCGAGAGACCAUCAAGGAGCCCCGACAGGGACUGCUACACGGACGUGGCCCUUCCUCUGUACGAGAACCUGCGCAUCCUGGAGCAGCCAGUGGACCUGGGCGGCCUCGCGCGCCGGUACGCCGAGAAGGCCACCCAGAUCAUCCAGCAUGCCAGCGCCAGCGGGAGGCCCUUCCUGCUCUACGUGGGCCUGGCCCACAUGCACGUGCCCCUGGCCAGGAGCCCGCGGGCGGCAGACCCGUACGCCGCGGGCCUCCGGGAGAUGGACCGCCUGGUGGGCCGGAUCAGAGACGCAGCUGACCGCACGGCCAAGGGAAAUACGCUCCUCUGGUUUGCAGGCGACAACGGCCCAUGGGCUCAGAAAUGUGAGCUGGCAGGCAGCGUGGGUCCCUUCACCGGAUUGUGGCAAGUUCCUCGAGGGGGAAGCCCAGCCAAGCAGACCACCUGGGAAGGAGGCCACCGGGUCCCGGCGGUGGCGUACUGGCCCGGCAGAGUCCCCGGCAAUGUCACCAGCGCCGCCUUAUUAAGCGUGCUGGACAUCUUCCCCACCGUGGUGGCCCUGGCCGGUGCCCGCCUGCCCCCAGGCCGCCACUUCGACGGGCUGGACGCCUCCGACGUGCUCUUCGGCGGGUCGCAGACCGGGCACAGGGCGCUGUUUCACCCCAACAGUGGGGCGGCGGGAGAGCACGGAGCCCUGCAGGCCGUCCGCCUGGAGCGCUACAAGGCCUUCUACGUCACCGGUGGAGCCAGAGCCUGUGAUGGGAGCAUGGGGCCUGCACGGUACCACGAGCCCCCCCUUAUUUUCAACCUAGAAGAGGAUGUUGCGGAAGCCAUGCCUCUGGACCCAGGCAGUGCCGAGUACCAGAGUGUGCUGCCCCGAGUCAGCGAGGUUCUUGCCGGCGUCCUGCACGACAUCGCUGGGGACAACGUCUCCAGAGCAGACUACACACAGGACCCCGCAGCCGCUCCCUGCUGUGACCCCCACCAGCCUGCCUGCCGCUGCCAUUCCGACUCCCAGACCGUGCUCCCAUGAGCAGGAGCGUCAGAAAAUGAGACGGCAAGUGCACACCCACCCUUUCUACUGAUGUACACAUUACAGGUCUCUGGAUUUGGGCGGGAAGCCACUGCCUUGCAUCCCCCACUGUCCUGUCCGCAUGCCGGCUUGGGAGAUCAGCUGCCAAGAGCUGUAACGGGGACCCCACAGGCUCAGAGGCAGCCCAGGGUCAAGGCCCGGCGUUUGAACUUGGGCCUGACUUCCCCUACCUUGCAAGCUGAUGUUGAGGAUUCUGUCAGGCAGUCCAUAGAAGUGCCGGGCAUAUAUUACCUGGCACGUGAGGCAGGCACUUAAUCUGUUUUAGUCUUUUUUUUUUUUUUUUAAUGCAUUCUGUUUCACUGGUCACUUUCGUAGAGAUUUGUGCCAGCUGGUAUCUAGGCAACGCUUCUCCAUCUUUAACUCGCAUACGAAUCUCACCCGGAGCUUGGGAAAGUACGGAUUCUGACCCGGGAGGUCUGGGUUAGGGCCUGAGGCCACCCCUGGGGGUGCUUGGGUGGUGUGGGUGCUGACUAGACAAAGUCAGAGGCUCCAGGUCUCCAAGCAGAAGAGCCCGACCCGCCACCCCUGACCCCUUUUAAAGGUCAAAUGGCUAGAUUGUAAAGACUUGAGGAGUUCUUCCUGCUUCCUAAAGCCACGAAGAAAUAAACGUUCAGAGCCUUAAAAAUGCAUUGCCAUGAUUUUAUUGUUAGUGUCCUAAAUGGGACUCAAAGGUAGUACAUGAUUUAUUCCAAUCACUAAAAAAAAAAAAAAAAAAAAUACUUCGCCUGGUUAAAAUAGUCUCUAU